GCUAAAACAUUUUGUCCUUAUAUACGACUUUUGUACACAAGAAAACAGAUAGCUUAGGUUCUCUGCAUUAGAACACCACUCAAACAGAACAAGACAAUAUAAUUGAAAAAGAAAGAAAAAUAUGAAAGGGCAACUUUCUCAUGAGUUAGAGGUCAGUGUAUCAGCAAGUGAAGCUUGGAAACUCUAUAGCACACUAAAAUUAGCAAAACUUGUUGAAAAAGAGCUUACUAUAAUCGACAAGAUUGAGCUAGUUGAAGGUGAUGGAGGAGUUGGGACUGUAAUUGAGCUUGUAUUCAUACCAGGGGCACCAGGAUUCCCAGGCUACAAAAAGAAGUUCAUAAAGAUAGAUAACGAGAAGCGUAUAAAAGUAACAGAUGUGGUGGAAGGUUGAUAUCUGGAGUUAGGAUUUACUCUGUAUAGAGUUCUGUUUGAAGUAACAGAGAAAAGUGAAGAUUGUUGCAUUAUAAAAUCCACCAUUGAAUAUGAAGUCAAGGAAGAAGCAGUAGCAAAUGCUUCAAUUGUCACCAUCCAGCCAUUAGCUGAAAUUGCAGAAAUUGCUAGAACUUAUCUUACUAAGAACAAAUCCACAUCUGUGUAAGAAGCAGAGCAACAACUUAGCUUAGCUAAUAAAAGAGAAGAAAUCCUGUCACCGGAUAUCCGUUCUCCACCGCACUCCUUUCCUUUCAUCUUUCAUUACAUUUGAAUUUUUUAUUAUACGAAAUUAUGAGUAAAGUUAUCAUUAUAUUAUAUAUUAAAUUGUAAACAUGAAUUAUAUGAUUAUAUAAACACUUCAUAUAUAGAAUAUUCUUAUGGGAUUCAUGCAGAGAUCCCUGCUAACAUUGUAGGUUCGGUAUAGUGAACUAGUGAGAAUGCAUUUUUCAACUCCA